GAUCAAAAUGGGUCUACCGCUAGCUGCGAGGAUUAUCUUUGUGGUGAUUGUCUUUCUGGGCGAUGGACGAGGUGGGCACCGCCCUUCCGUGGCGGCAGCAUCCUGCGUGUCGGCAGAUGGGUCAGACUGCCGUCAGCCUGGCGAGGACAUCAGCUUUGCGUGCCGCAGCAUCGGGACCUUCCCAGACCCGUACAACUGCCAAAAGUUCUACGUCUGUUACGCGGUGAACGGAAAGGCUGAAGCUGGUUCGUGCACAGGCAGUUCGGCCUAUAAUCCUCUCACGUCAGACUGCAGCUUGACGACGUCACACCGCGUGUGUACAGAAGGACCCAUCCCUACCUGCAGGCAGGUGGGGCAGAUGGGCGUAGUACAGGAAAACGCAGCCGUCUACUACUUAUGUCUGCGGAAGGGAGGCAAGAUCGUUCCAGACAUGUUCCGAUGUCCGGGCAGUAUGAAGUUUGACCUCACUGUUUCUACCUGUAUAAUGAAGGAGCAGCCAUCCACAACCUGGGGUCCAACGACAGAACAGCCAUCAACGACCUGGGGCCCAACAACAGUACGGCCAUCCACGACAUGGGACCCAACAACAGGCCAGCAAUCCACAACUUCGGCCCCGACUACAGGACAGCCUUCCACAACCUGGGCCUCAACUACAGGCCGACCAUCCACAACUUGGGGCCCAACAACAGUCUGGCCAUCCACAACCUGGGGCCCAACUACAGGCCAGCCAUCCACAACUUGGGGCCCAACAACUAGUCAGCCAGCCACAACCUGGGGCCCAACUACAGGCCGGCCAUCUACAACUUGGGUCCCAACUACAGGCCAGACUUCCACAACCUGGGGUCCAACUACUGGCCGACCAUCAACAACUUGGGGCCCAACAACAGUCUGGCCAUCCACCACCUGGGGCCCUACAACAGGACGACCAUCCACAACCUGGGGUCCAACAACAGGCCAGUCAUCAACAACCUGGGGUCCAACUACAAACCAGCCAUCCUCAACUUGGCGCCCAACAUCUGGUCAGCCAUCCUCAACCUGGGGCCCAACAACAGGCCAGCCAUCCUCAACCUGGGGCCCAACUACAGGACAACCAUCUACAACUUGGAGCCCUACAACAGGACCACCAUCCACAACCUGGGGCCCAACAACUGGCCAACCAUCCACAACCUGGGGCCCAACUACAGGCCAGCCAUCCACAACUUGGGGCCCAACAACUAGUCAGCCAGCCACAACCUGGGGCCCAACUACAGGCCGGCCAUCUACAACUUGGGUCCCAACUACAGGCCAGACUUCCACAACCUGGGGUCCAACUACAGGCCGACCAUCCACAACUUGGGGCCCAACAACAGUCUGGCCAUCCACCACCUGGGGCCCUACAACAGGACGACCAUCCACAACCUGGGGUCCAACUACAGGCCGACCAUCAACAACAGUCUGGCCAUCCACCACCAGGGGCCCUACAACAGGACGACCAUCCACAACCUGGGGUCCAACAACAGGCCAGUCAUCCACAACCUGGGCAACUACAAACCAGCCAUCCUCAACUUGGCACCCGACAUCUGCUCAGCCAUCCUCAACCUGGGGCCCAACAACAGGCCAGCCAUCCUCAACCUGGGACCCAACUACAGGACAACCAUCUACAACCUGGGGCCCUACAACAGGACGACCAUCCACAACCUGGGGUCCAACAACUGGCCAACCAUCCACAACCUGGGGCCCAAAUGGAGACCAGCCAUCCACAACUUGGGGCCCAACAACUAGUCAGCCAUCCACAACCUGGGGCCCAACUACAGGCCGGCCAUCUACAAGUUGGGUCCCAACUACAGGCCAGACUUCCACAACCUGGGGCCCAACUACAGGACAACCAUCUACAACUUGGGGCCCUACAACAGGACGACCAUCCACAACCUGGGGUCCAACAACAGCCCAACCAUCCACAACCUGGGGCCCAUCUACAAGUCAGCCAUCCUCAACUUGGCGCCCAACAUCUGGUCAGCCAUCCUCAACCUGGGGCCCAACAACAGGCCAGACUUCCACAACCUGGGGUCCAACUACAGGCCGACCAUCCACAACUUCGGGCCCAACAACAGUCUGGCCAUCCACCACCUGGGGCCCUACAACAGGACGACCAUCCACAACCUGGGGUCCAACAACUGUCCAACCAUCAACAACCUGGGGCCCAACUACAGGCCAGCCUUCCACAACCUGGGGUCCAACUACAGGCCGACCAUCCACAACUUGGGGCCCAACAACUGGUCAGCCAUCCUCAACCUGGGGCCCAACUACAGAACAACCAUCUACAACCUGGGGCCCUACAACAGGACGACCAUCCACAACCUGGGGCCCAACUACAGGCCAGCCAUCCACAACUUGGGGCCCAACAACUAGUCAGCCAGCCACAACCUGGGGUCCAACUACAGGCCGACCAUCCACAACUUGGGGCCCAACAACUAGUCAGCCAUCCACAACCUGGGGCCCAACUACAGGCUGGCCAUCUACAUCUUGGGUCCCAACUACAGGCCAGACUUCCACAACCUGGGGCCCGACUACAGGACAACCAUCUACAACCUGGGGCCCUACAACAGGACGACCAUCCACAACCUGGGGUCCAACAACAGGCCAGCCAUCCACUACCUGGGGCCCAACUACAAGCCAGCCAUCCUCAACUUGGGGCCCAACAUCUGGUCACCCAUCCUCAACGUGGGGCCCUACAACAGGCCAGCCAACCACAAUUUGGGGCCCAACUACAGGUCAACCAUCCACAACUUUGAGUCCAACAACAGUCCGCCCAUCUACCACCUGGGGCCCUACAACAGGACAACCAUCGAUAACCUGGGGCUCAACAACAGGUCAGCCAUCCACUACCUGGGGCCCAACUACAGGACAACCAUCCACAACCUGGGGCCCCACUACAGGCCAGUCAUCCACAACUUGAGGCCCAACUACAGGCCAGCCAUCCAAAACCUGGGAACCUACCACAAGCUGACCAUCCACAACUUGGGGUCCAGUGGCAGCCAAGGCUGCCUGAAGCUGCGGUUUGAUGAUGAAGCCACUGGCUGUACAAUUCGAAAUCUUAUUUUCAAUCAGAAUGAUUUGUCACUUUAGGAUUCAUAAAAUGUUUCAGCUAUUCAGGCAUUAAAUAGGUGUUUCUCGUUGAAUGUUGUUGUAGUGUCUUUGCUAAUAACGACAUUGUUGUGCAAUUUAUCGCCUACUAUAUGAAAAUAUUGUAGGUAUAAGAUUCUGGUUUUGACAUAUGUAAUGCAUGAAUUAUAUCGUAUUUGUUCAUAAUGGCCUUAUUUCAUUACAGCCUUAUUUAUUGAUUGACUGUGUUUUUAUGUUUAAAAUAAUUUUUUUUAAUUCUU